AUGAAUGCAGAAUCAUAUGAUGGCAGUGAAGAGGCUCGAGCUGAAGUUCUGAUCAAGCGACCUACUGAUCCAGUCGAGUAUUUAGGCCGUUGUUUGAAAAUGUAUGCUCAGCUCAGGAAUGAUGAAAUAAAGGAAUCUGCUGAGGCAGACGGAAUCAGCGAUAGUGAUUCACUGGAUAAGUUGGACAAUAUUUCGGAGGAGAUUGAAAAAGAAAAAGAAAAAUCUGAGUCAGACGACGGAAGUAAUUCGCAGAUUGAAGGAGGUAUCAUCAGAAAGAACAGUCAGACAAACGGACUACUAGAUAGUGGAAUGGAACAGAAGGUAAACGAUGAAGAAGACAGAGAGGUCCAUCAACAAAGUGAUUUAGAAGAUUCUGUACGAGAAACACAGGAAGACGAACAAAGUAUAUCGAAGUUUGGAAAUGAAAGUGAAGAUGAAGUCACCUUCGAUUCACAGUCAAAGCAAGAUGUAAAUGAUACACCGUAUGAAGACGUCGGUGAUCUUCAUGAUGAAAAAUCAAUAACUGAUUCUGAAGCAUAA